GAAGAUGGUGUUUGUUAAAGAGGAGAGUGAGGAGGACAUGAGUGAACCAGAACCCUGGAGAAUAAAACACGAGGAACAAGGAGGCCUGGUGAAAGUGAAAGAGGAAAGACCAGAUCUGAAUGAAGUGGAGGAGAAACAUCACCAGAAAGCUCAUGAUGUCACCGCUGGAGAAAAGCCAUUGAGUUGCUCCAAAACUGAAAACAGUUGCUUACAAAGCAGCAUCCAAAUAACAGAAGAGAAAAGGCCUUUCACCUGUACUCUGUGUGGAAACACUUUCUCACGUAAAGAAAGUCUGAAGAGGCACAUGUUAAUUCAUGCUGGAAUAAAGCCUUUCAGCUGUUCUGAGUGUGGAAAGAGUUUCACACAGAAAUCACACCUUAAUGAGCAUUUGUUUAUUCACAUUUCAGAAAAGCUAUUCACCUGUUCUCAGUGUGGAAAGAGUUUCAAACAUAAAGAAAGUCUGAAGAAGCACAUGCUAAUUCAUGAUGGAAUAAAGCCUUUCAGCUGUUCUGAGUGUGGAAAGAGUUUCACACAGAAAUCAUACCUUAAUGAUCAUUUGUUUAUUCACACUUCAGAAAAGCUAUUCACCUGUUCUCAGUGUGGAAAGACUUACAAACAUAAAAGAAGCCUUUUGAAUCACAUGUUAAUUCAUCCUGGAGGAAAUAAUACUUUCACGUGCUCUCAGUGUGGAAAGACUUUCUCAUGUGAACAAUACCUUGAAAAGCACAUGUUAAUUCAUGCUGGAAUCAAGCCUUUCACCUGUUCUCAGUGUGGAAAGAGUUUCAAACAGAGAUCAUACCUUAAUUCUCAUUUGGUAACUCACACUUCAGAAAAGCCUUUUACUUGCCCUCAGUGUGGAAAGACUUUUACACGUAAAGGAUACUUUAAGACUCACAUGUUAGUUCAUGCUGGAAUAAAGCCUUUCACCUGCUCUCAGUGUGGCAAGAGUUUCACACUGAAAUCACAUCUUAAGGAUCAUUUGGUGACUCACACUUCAGAAAAGCCUUUCACUUGCCCUCAGUGUGGAAAGACUUUUACACGCAAAGGAAACUUAAAGAAUCACAUGUUAGUUCAUGCUGGAAUCAAGCCUUUCACCUGCUCUGAGUGUGGAAACUCUUUUGUAUCUAAAGGAAGCCUGAAGAAGCACAUGUUGAUUCAUAAUGAAAUAAAGCCUUUCUCCUGCUCUCAGUGUGGAAAGAGUUUCAAACAGAGAUCACACCUUAAUUAUCAUGUGCUUAUUCACACUUCAGAAAAGCCGUUCACCUGUUCUUAGUGUGGAAAGACUUUUAAACGUAAAGAAACAUUUAAUAUUCAUGUGAGAAUUCACUCAUAAGAGA